AUUGUUUCAAUUGUUUACUCCAAUUUGCUGGCCUUAGGCUUGAGUUGAGUUGAGUUCAGUGUAAGUCUCGAUUGUCAGCGUAGUGAGUAGUAGCCAACCUUACUGAUAAAUGCCACUCCUUUUGACUUCUCUCUUCACACUCCCCUUGGCCAGCCACAAAAGAAAUGCAAGUUCAAGCAACAACUAGAGCAGAUAGCGUCCAGAUGUCGAAGCGAAACAGCAACAAUAAUACAAUCUAUGAUGAGCUGGACAAGGAGAACCAGAAUCAGUGCUGUCAGCCGGGUGUUGUUCCAGCCUCCAACUCGACUAGCAAGUGUCGUCGCGAUUUGCGAGCUGCAUUUACCAAACAAUUCAAUUCGAUAUCAGUUUAUUGUCCCAGUCCCAGUCCCCGUCCCGAAAUCUUGUCCUCACCUCCCGUCUCCGAUGUUGCUGACUUGGCACAGUGUUUACCAGGUGGGGGGCAUUUUUAUUCGUCUGCUGCUGGAUCAUUGGGUCGCUGCUGUCAGCCGCAGAUUUGUUCGGUGCUCCUUCAUGCUCUCCACUCGCCGCACCACAAUAUGCUUAAUUAUGGAGAUGCCGGCAUAACACGUUCCAACACGGCCACAUCCAGCAUAGUUAGCACCACCAAUGAUUCGUCAUCGCCACGUCGUCGUCCCCUCCACUUGGCCAAUGGACAGUCGAUGAAUCCGAUUCCAACUCGGACUCCUACUUCGACUUCCUCACUUCUGCUGCCUUACCGCACACUGUCGCACUUUGGAUUCAAUUCACCGCGACUCCCAGUGCCCACCGAGCACAAGCAUCUGCCGGGUGGCGCCGAGUGCAUUCGCUAUCGUCCCAGCGUGCAGCGUGCCCUCAGCUAUGAGGAGAUCUUUGCGACGCCGCGCUAUGAGCACCUUUGUCAUUAUUGCUUUGAGCAGCUGCUGCGACUCAAGCCUGAACUGCGGCGCCGCAGUGCCGAGGAUGAGCCCGAGGAUCUGAUCAGUUGCAGCAGCUCAGUUCCCUCCCUUAAACUGAAUGGAAAGGAGGAGGAGGAGGCAGAGAAGGAGGAAGAGGAGGAGGAGGCAGAGAAGGAGGACGAGCGCACCUUGACCAACUCGGUUCUUUGCAAUGUGAGCACCCAAACGACCCGAUCCUUGCCCGUUGCCAACUUUCUUAAUCAAAUCGAAGGUCUCAACUACGCGGAGGAGUCCACCAAUGGCAACUAUGUGCCGGGACACCAAGCCGUAACUAGUUACUUUAGUUUAUCUGAUUUCGAGACGCCAACGAGUCCUGGGGCCAGUGCGACCAGUGCGCAACCAAUGAAAACACCGCAACUACCGCGACCGGAUUCGGAUAGAUACCGGACGGACAUUACAGAGGUGUGGAACUUUGGCAACUGGCAGGAGCAGGCACAGCAGCAACCGAAUCCGCUUGUUGAGCGAUGCAUUACGCUCGAGAUUACCCAAUUACAAUUUGCAGAGCAGAGCGUUGAACCAGAUGCCAACAACUCUCUGCAGCUGCAGGAGCAGAGGCAGGGCGAGAUGAACAUGGCGGUGGAGGAGGAACGUCAGUUAAUGUCGCGCGAUGAGCGUCAACGCCGCAAGUUAGAGUUCGAAGAGCUCUGGCAGGAUCAUGUGCACUACUUUGGUGCCAAGGAGCAAAUGGAACAGGAGGCGCCAGCAACUGUGAAGCAUACGGUGACAAUGUCGCUGGAUGCGCAGGAGGCGCAUGCUCUAAGGAUCUACGAUUGUCGACGACAACCAGAGCAGGAGGAAGAUGCUCAAAUGCAGCAAGCAGUGGAUGAUAAAAUGGUCCAAGCCUUCGCGGAGUUACAGAAAAUGUUGAAAAAGUUUGAGCUGAGUCUGAGCGUUGUGGGUGAGACUCUUGAGCAACUGGUGGCCACCACAAAAAUCCUACAAACGGCCGAGAAUAAAAAGAGCGUAGAGGAGUCGUUCGCAUUGGAUGCAUCUGUGGAGGAGAACGGUUCAUUGUUUCGCGCCAUCGACUUGGAGAAUAUACCCGAUGCUGAUGAUGCCGCAUCCGUUUCGGAGCCACAACGCUUUAAUCUGAGCGAAUUUAGUAACGAUGAGGAGGAGAAUGGCGAACCGCAAGCAGAGAUCGAUCACGAGGAGAAGCGCGACGAUGAGAAGCCAGUGACGCCUCUGCCCAAUGCAAAUAAACUCAAAGAUGCUGUUGAAGCCAGUCCCAGUGAUGAAAAGGACAUCGAUGAGCAUGAAAUGAACGUUGACGAGGAUGCCCGAGAGGGACUCGAAGAGACCCAGACCGCCGAAUGUAGCUCGCAUUUCUCUCCCCUCGAACGCGAGAUCCUCGAGUCCAUCGAGGCCGACAAGCUCAAGGAGCGCGAAUCGAUCUUUGGCAAAAUCGAUCAGAGCAUACGCAACAAGCUGCCGCCAAGCGCACUUCAGAGCAUUGUCUGCGAUGUCGAGGAGACUUUUGUGACAUGCACGCACAUUGUGAAGACUCCCGGAUCAGUCCGGAUACCGCAUCUAUUUCAGUUCGGCAGCGAUCCGCAUCCAAGCGCUCGCUCCAGAAUGGAUACAGACGCAACCUCGAUCCCCUCGUCGGCACACACUCGUCUCAUUACUCGCCACAAGUCGCGUAUGUCGCGCUCUCUGGACAGCAGUCCAGAUGAUUCCCAAUUAGAGAGCGCCAUUUCCUCGUCCACAUUUGUUGUGAGCGGCGGUUGUCCGCGCAAGAAGCGCAACUUUAUUAAAGAGAACAUACGCAAUGCCAGCAAGCCGCGUUCCUCCAUCUCAAAAUCGACGUUUAGCUCACGCAAGAAGCGAUCUGUGCAAAUUCAGAUGCAGAUGGAGACGGACAACAACAACGCCACCAGCGAUGACUCCUCCGUGUGCACAUUCCAUGCGGAGCAGCGCAGCAGCAGCGCUCGUCUGUGGGUCUCGAUGCCAACGACGCCACGUUCCUUCGCCGGACAAAAUCGCGGAUCAGCGAUCAGUCCAAGUCGUUCACCCCAAACUCCCUGCUCUUCCUUUGCCAAACGGUUCAAACCAAUGGGCGGCAUGGUGCACCCACCCAAAUUGCGUCGGGGCUUACGCUCUGCACUGAAUCGGACGACUUCGAGUAGCACUUUCUUCACGGAUGUCGCCGCAUCGCCACAGUUGAUGCAACGAACCUAUUCCAGCAACACUUUUAACUUGAAUUUUUUGCCGGAGGAGCAGUUGAAGGAAUCCCAAGGUGCUCAGUCAAUGGAUGUAAGCGACAGCGAACAGUCAAUGGAACAGCAAAUGGAUCUGUAUAUGUCGGAUGAUGAGAAUGAAGCUAAUGAAGCUGCUGAUCAUCAGUUGUUGCAAGCUGAGGCUUACUCCGGCAAUACCUAUGAACCAAACAGGACCGAAACUACUGGUGAUAUGGAGACAAAUUCCAAUGAUAUGCUUGAUGCGAAGCGAUCACAGAAUGGGAUCUCAUCAGCAGACGACGAGCAAGUGGUGAAUGGAAACAAGGCUGGUGCAGAAACUCCUAAUGGACAGUCCGCCGCAAGUGUUGAGUCAUCUGAACAAAUGGAUACUCAAGAAGUCAACGAAUCAGAUUUGAAAAUGCCAACUGAAGAAUUUGAAUACGAUGAAGAAGAGUUGGGGGAGGAGGAGGAAGCGGUGGCCAGUCUCUUAGAUGUCCACUCAUCUGCCUAUCCGCUGAGCUCGGUGCGUGGCACCUUCAAUCUCGACACUCAGAAGAAUAAAUGGGCUUAUCAACUGUAUUACGACAGCGCCGACAGUUCAUCGGAUGGGGACGGUUCACCCAAAAUAUGCAGAAAAUAUCCCAAGACUAAAGGCAUCAUUGAGGUUAACAAUGAGGAUGCGAAUGAGGUUGCGGAUGCGGAUGAGGAGGAUGACAAGCCAAGCACAUCGAUGGCGGCAGCUAAAAUACAGAAGAGGCGUAAAAACGAUGAUAAGGAAGACGCAAAAGACAGUUACGACAAGGAUAGCGAAACGAUUGAAUUGACAACACUGUGUACGCUGACCAGUGGCACUCUGCACAUCACCGACGAAUCCUUGGACAAGGAGAUACCCGUGCCUCGCUGUGAAAUAUCGACUCGACACUGUCCGAUUAUCGACGACGAUGACUGGACCAUACCCGAUGGGGAAAUCGAAAUGGAAAUGGUGCCAUUCAACGUUGAUGAUUUCAUAACACCCGAAAUGGUUGAAAUGUUUGCCGAGGCAAUGCAAGAAGAGGAUGAAUGGCUGCGUAAUUACGAUGAAACGGCGCCGCCGAACUUAAUUUACGAAAGCGAGUUCGACGGGACACAACCCUUCAUUGUGGAGAUUUUUAAUGAAGUAAACCAAGCAUGGGCAAUCAGCAACCAGCAAGUUGAGAUUGAAGGAGACGCCACAGAUAUGCGUCCAUCAGCUGUUGCUCUUGCACCCCAAGACGGAGACGAGCAGCAGUCUUCCACAUGAAUCUAAAUAGCAACUACUUUUCACAUACGAUUUUCGACAAGUUUUCAAAACAAAGUGACGCUUUUACAUUUUAUUUUCAAACUUUUUCAAUGAAUUUUAAAAUAAUUUAUAUUUUAUUUUUUAUUUUUUGCCAAUUCCACUUUGCCAAGUCAGCACAUUUCAAGUCGUUUACUACAAGUUUCCCUUUAUCUUAUUACAUUACACAACACUUAUUUUUGUAAUCUUUAUAAUCAGCAUGUUUUCCAAUUGCACUCAUACACAUUUAUUUUCGCAUAUACUAACAACAUAUAUUUGAAUAGAUUUAGCUU